AUGGCAAUCAUACAUAUAAAUCAAGACUUCCGAUUCUACCUUCCGGUACAUGCAUCAAACAAUAUCUUCGUAACAUCUAAUGGCCCUCUCCCAAUACCUUCAGUCUUCAUCCACCUCAUAGGUGUUUUCCCUUCUCGUGCUAUACGACCCCUCCAAUCUCCCAUCGAGUCAUCCUCACAUGAUAUAACCAUCUUACAGUAUUUAGCAUCUAUCGAGCAGGGGAAAUCCAAAUGGGAAGAGGAAGGAAGGAAUAUAAGAUCGUACUCUGAAGGAUCAUUCAGAAAAUAUUGUAAAGCUAGGGGAUAUAGGUAUGUUAGAAGUUUGGCUGGGUACCUAUCAGAAGACAAUGGAAGGGAUGAGAGUUUGGUAGUGUUGAAGAAUGCUUUGGAGAUAUUGGAGAGUAGAGAUGGGAGAGAAAAAUGGUUGAUCGUAAUUAUCAAUCCCUUAAUGCCCCUCCAUUCUUAUUUACCGUCAAAAUCGAACGCCGAACCAUUGAUCAUCUCGUCGGAUGUGAAGGAUAGUACAUUAAUACUGAAGAUCAAUGACGAAACAUUGGAGAUCAUUUUAGAAGUGAUCCAAUUAACGAAAUCUGAGCAAGAUAGGAGCGAUAGAUCAUUCCGAGAGUUACUACUUGAAGACAUCGAUCUGAAUGAGGAUCUCAGGAAGAGAGUUCAAACAAUACCUCCAAAAUGGCUCGAUUCGUCAGAGCUACCUGUGAUGAAUCCUACAGACCAAACACAAAUACCAUUAAAUUAUCAAUCCCCAAACGAAUUCAUAGACGAUAAGUCUAGAAAACAGGUACAGGACAUACUGGCGAUACCUAAGAGGAUAUACAAUCAAGUUGUGAAUUACGAGAAAGACAUGUUAAGGUUUUAUGGUAAAUUAGUCAAUGGGUUGGAUGAUCAAGAGUUGAAAGAUGCAACAAAGAAAAUCGGUGAAAGCUGGUGGAGUAGAAUCUGA